AUGUUUCACCCUGAUCAAACUCACUGCAAACAUAAAACAUCCAGAAAAUUAACGGAAGCUACGAGCUCUUUGCGUCAUUCCGCAACUCUUCCAACGAUCGCAGUUCCUCAGCAAGUUAGUGCAUCCGCCAACACUAAAAACGAUCGAGGGUACUUUCCCUCUUAUUCUGCUCAACCAUUUGUGGCAAGUGCUUCGCCACCAGCUCCAAAGCGUACGAGCUCACCUUUGCGGCCGGUUGUACAGGAGUCGCGCUUUAUACCUAAUACGCUUGAUAAUACAGGAUUGGUCGAUGUUGAGGCACUUCAAGCUCUGCAGCGCCUUACAGACCAGUCCUCUCACAAUGCGUCUCGACAGCCUUCUAUUGCGCAAGCGACUGCAAAUGUGCCAGAUUCGAGGCGUACUACAAUUUGCCCUCCUGACAAAACAUCAGUGCAGCGCGAAACUCCUCCCGACCCACCAUCCAAACCUUUACCACGGCCGCAUGAAGACCAAUUUCGAUGGAAUUUGGGUGACUACAUGUUAGGGCGCACCAUUGGUGCAGGAAGCAUGGGCAAAGUUAAGUUCGGUUACUGUAAGACGGAUGGACAAAAGGUGGCCGUCAAAAUUGUACCGCGCAACACGUCUCUUAAUGCAGUCAAGCAGUCACGCGGAAAGUCGAAGCAUAGUGGCCUGCCCAUGACAGAAGAUGAACUAGAAGCAACCAUGAAUCGAGCCAAAGCGAAAGACUUCUCCAAGGAGGUGCGCGUCAUUCGUGAGGCAAGUUUACAAAUGCUGUUACGCCAUCCCUACGUGUGCCGUAUGCGCGAGUUUAUCACCCAUCCAAACCACCAUUAUAUGGUUUUCGAACAUAUUAAUGGUGGCCAAAUGCUUGACUAUAUCAUUUCCCAUGGCCGCUUGCGUGAGCGAUCUGCUCGAAACUUUGCACGCCAAAUUGGUAGCGCAUUGCAAUACUGCCACGCAAACAAUAUAGUGCAUCGCGACCUGAAGAUCGAAAACAUUCUCAUUUCCAAGUCAGGAAACAUCAAAAUUAUCGAUUUUGGACUCAGCAAUGUAUUCAAGCCUCAAGGUCAUCUGAACACCUUCUGCGGCUCACUGUACUUUGCCGCUCCAGAGUUGCUGAACGCACGUGUUUAUACUGGCCCAGAGGUGGAUGUUUGGAGUUUUGGUGUGGUGUUGUAUGUUUUGGUGUGUGGUAAGGUUCCCUUUGAUGACCAGAGCAUGCCUGUGCUUCAUGCUCGUAUCAAACGCGGCCUGGUAGAUUAUCCCAAUUGGCUGAGUGCGGACUGUAAGCACAUUUUAUCGCGCAUGAUCGAUGUGAAUCCACAUACACGAGCAUCACUCAACGAAAUCGUAUCACAUCCAUGGAUGCUGCAAGACCACGGCGCACCUGAACCAGCCUAUCUCCCUAAACGCAAGCCUCUUACAGCUGUGAGCAUAGAUCCCGUCGUGAUUGAACGCAUGACAGGGUUUGAAUUCGGUUCUCCUCAGGAAAUUUACCACGAACUAAAAAAAAUUUUAUGCAGCGAAGAAUAUGUUGCAGCAGUGGCACGACACGAAGAUCCAGCGAUGGCCUCCGCUGCUAUAGAAGCAGUUGGUCUUGUUCAAUCUGCCGCAACCGAGUCUGUACCCCGUGGAAAUCGACUGUCUCGCCAAAUCUCCGCAGGAAUCAACUUUUAUCACCGACACGUGUCCCGGUCCUCAUCAGAUGUGCAGGACGUGUCUGAUUCAGGAGAGAGCACGCCUGGUGUCAAGGGUCCGCUGCAUCCAUGCUAUGGUUUCCAUCCCCUCAUUUCAAUUUAUUUUCUUGUAAAGGAGAAAAUGGAUCGCGAGAAGUUGGGGCAGGAAAUUUAUAGCUCCUCUGACUUGCUGCUCUCUGAGCCGGGUCCUGUGCCGACAUUUAAUCACAAACCUGCCCUCGAUGUUCCAGAAUCGGCCGCUCACGAUCAUAUUGAUCGGGUUUCAGCGUAUGGCGCUGCCACAUUUGCUUCAUCGUUACCCAUGGCACGCUUCGCUCCAGACAAAUCCUCGUCAAUUAUUCGACCACCAGAGAAGACGCAUGUGUCAUCGCGGACUAUGUCUACGGCUGUAACUCUUCCUGUGACCCCGUCACCCCCACCCCCUUCUGCUGUUAUGAUGGCCCCGCCCCAGCCUGAACCCCAAACUCCUGUGUUCGAGUCACGCCAAAAAUCCCAGCCACAAGGCAUCAUGUUAGGUCCUCCGCGUCCUCUUGCACGUGUCGAUGAACUGGAAUCGAGCUUGCGCACUCCUCCGAAGGCAUCUUUCAUGACAACUGACGCAUCACAAGCACCAUCUGCUUUCCAACGUGCCGCUAUGCCGCAGCGAAGUGUAAGCAUGAUGCAUGCCCGACAUGCCGAUCAACUCAAGUCGCUACAGGACCGACACGCCUCCAUGGCAUUUUCUACGUCUGGCGCGCGACCACUGCCUACACUGGAUGCCAUUCAGUCCGAGGCUGGUAAGAACCUUUUGCCUUGUGUUUCUGAGGCAGCUAACUCUGCAGGAACCGUAUUUGCAGACUCUGGACCAAAUCUCACGCGGCGAUUCGGUACCAUGUCGGUUCGACCUACGCACGAAGCAAGUGACUCGUUCGUGCCGCAACAACUGUCGCCAGAGAAUUCGCAUAUAAAUACUAUGGAUUCCAAUCAACAAAGCUUACCGUUUGAAAUGCCUUCUCCCUUGUCGAACGAAGAUGCAUCCAAACCUGUUUUCUUGAAAGGGCUCUUCAGCGUGCAAACCACCAGCCGUCGGCCGCGUGUAAUGAUUCGACGGGACUUGAUUCGUGUAUUCGAGCAAUUCAAAAUCCAAUUCACAGAAUUAAAAAACGGCUUCGAAUGCUCUUAUGCUGGUCCUCUCACGGAUACCGAUACACAAUUUGCUCCCGCUGAGGCAUUCACGGACAUGACUUCGACCCCUGCAACCGAUUCUAUGAAUGAUCCCACCCCCAUUGCUGCCACAGGCGUCGGUGAUGUUCCUAUCGAUCGAUCAGGUCAAUCUGAUGUCGUACUGGCCACGCCUAAUUCCGAUGCUCCUUCAUUAAGAAUCGGUGUGAACAAACCAUUGCCCUGUAACGAAGAGGCUGAAGUCUGCUUUGAGAUCUGUCUUGUCAAAGUCCCCUUAUUGCUUGGGAUGAAUGGGAUCCAAUUUAGACGCGUAUCUGGAAACCCUUGGAAAUAUCAAGCUUUAGCCAAGCGCAUCUUGAAUGAACUUCAUCUGUAG